UACAAGGCAUGUCUGAGCCCCGGUAUUUUUUCGAGUUGGGCUGGGAGUUUCAUCAUAGCCACGUCGAAAAGCAUCGGUGUCAGCACAGCUCCUUGUGGCGUUCCUCUAUUAGGGCACAUAUGUUCUCGGCCGCUGCCGCCUGCUGUUGGUCCCUGCAGCCGGGGGCAACUGGGCCCACUGUGCUUUCGAUGGCCGGCCCUAAUGCUGGCGCCAGCCUGGCCACAGCGAGCUGUCUGGGUGCCGCCUGGGGGCGACACGGUUUUCCCGCGGCGCCUGCAGCCACAGCGGGGCUAGGGUGCCACGCUCCAUCGUUUGCAGCGGCGUCAUACGGUGCCGUCGGUACUGGGGCCUGGCCGCUUGGCGGGGCUUCUGGCGGUUUUCUGUCGUGGCCCAUGGUACGCAAGCAGCGCCGUAGCCGUACGGCAUUCACGCAGCAGCAAUUGUCGGCGCUGGAGCGCAGCUUCGCUCGGGCACCCUACCCGGACGUGUGGACGCGUGAAAGUCUCGCGCUCACCACCAACUUGCCUGAAGCACGGAUUCAGGUCUGGUUCAAGAACAGGAGGGCUAAGCAUCGCAAGACGCAGAAGCAGAUGGGCCCUGUGAGCGCAGUCAGCAGUGCAAAAAGCGACGCGGAAGUCGGCAGAGACGACGAAGAAGAAACGUUCGACGGUUUCCGUCCGGCCAAAGGCCAUCCAGCUUCGAAAGUCCGCUCAAAUGAGUCUGCGGAUGCAGGAGAGAACUUGCAAGAUGCACCAAGCGACGACCUAAGGCGUGUCCAGCGACAACGUCGAGGGGAAGCACCUUCGGCCUCUUGCGUCGCUCACCGGCAUCCAGUCACGGUGGACGAUGCGGCGUGCAGGUCGUGGCUAAGCUCGCGGCCGCUGCUUCACGAAGAGCGAGCGCCGGCGUCCCUGCGAGUGGCCAUGGGCGGCGACGACACGUUCCAGCCGCUGCACUGCCCGUCGAUGAGGGGAGGCGUCCGGGCCGAAUACUCGACGCCACCGCCCAGUGCCUCCGACGCAGCGGCCGUGCUAGGCUGUGCGGCGAGCCCCGCGCAGCAGCAGUGCUGGCCCGCAUUUGCAUCGCCGACGGCGCACGUGGACGCGGCUGCGCGGGCUCACCAGAAGGCUUGCGCCUUCUCGGCGAGGCUGGCGCACUGGUCUGAUUACUCGAGGAGAACGAGAGCGUCGCACGAGCCGGCGUGAGGUCGUCCUUGGUAGUGAUGCCGCGUUGAAGUAAAACUUUCACCAUCCGUUUUUGAAGCUUCUUCAUCUGAAAGGUUUAGCAGAGAAUAAAUCAAAUAGUGGACAUCGCAGUGUUGGACGGAAAGCAUUGCGAUAUACGCAAUGCGUAGA